AUGAAAGCCUAUCUAAAGAGCGCCAAAGGCUUUUUUGUCCUGAACAAAAGUACGACGAUUGGAAGGCACGAAGACUCAGACCUGGUUCUAGCGUCUAAGGACAUCGACAACCACCACGCGCUCAUCGAAUACGAUGAGGCCGAGGGCAGCUUCGUUCUCCAGGACUUCAAUUCCCGCAGCGGCACCUUCGUCAACGACUGCCACAUCCAGAACGUGGCCGUGAGGCUGCUGCCCGGGGACCUCCUGAGGUUCGGGUCCGGGGAGCUGAUCUACGAACUCGUCACGGAGAACCAGCCUCCCCCGGUCUCCUUCCCGUGGAUGGGGGGCGCGGCCCGCUGGCCAAGAGCACAGCCGCCUGGGUUCGCAGAGCAGCCGGCCCACUCGCCUUUGCCGCCACAGAUGCCCUUCCAGCCGGGCGUCCAGCCAGCGCCAGCGCACAAGAACUGGUCCCAGGCCUUCCCCAGGCCGACCACGGCCCCGCCGGCCUGCCACAGGCGGCCCAUGAGCGCCUGCGGGAAGAUGUUCUCCUUCGUGGUGGAGGGCGCCCCCCAGGCUCCAGUCAUCAAGCAAGUGUGGGCCAGCGCCGCGGAGCUGCUGGAGCAAUCGGUGGCCGAGGGCAUGGCCGGGGCGGCCCCUGCCGGGGAAUUCUACAUGGACCAGGACCUGGCCCAGCAGGACAAGGAUGAGGUCAUCCUGAUGCUGGGAAGAGAAGUCAGCCGCCUCUCGAAUUUCGAGCUCGAAUCCAAGUACAAAGACGCCGUGAUCAUGAACCUGCAGAACGAGCUGGCCAGCCUGAGUCAGUCGCUGCUGACGGAGACCACCUUCCCCAGGGGCGAGCGGGGGGCCCCGCAGAAGGGCCCGGUUCUGAACGAGUACAUCGACGCCAAGCAGAGAGAGAUCCAGAGCCUGAAGAGCCAGGUCAGCGCCCUGCAGCAGGGCUACAGCCAGGUGCUGAGCCAGACCCUGUCCGAGCGGAACUCGGAGAUCAGCUUCCUGAAGAACGAGGGCGAGACCUUACGGAGGGACCACGCCAUCUCGUCCGGGAUGGUGUCGUCUUUGCAAAAAGACGUGGUCGCCAAGGAUGAGGAGGUGCAACAGCUGAAGCAGGAGGUGAACCAGCUGAAGAGCGAGAACAAAGAGAAGGACCGCCAGCUGGAGGCCAUCAGCUCCAGAUGCUCCCUGCUCAAGGAGGCGCUGACCAAGGAGGAGGCCCAGAAGGAGCACCGGGAAGCCCAGGAGAAAGAGCUGAAACUCAGCAAAUCCCAAAUCCAAAACAUGGAGAGAGAGAUGAGGAGGCUCAGGGAGGAGCUGAAGAAGAGCACCUCUGACCAGAGCAUGGUCUGCAAGACGCUCCGGGAAAAGAGCAAGGUUGAAGAGAAGCUUCAGGAGGAUUCCAGAAGGAAAUUGCUUCAGCUCCAAGAAAUGGGGAGCAGAGAGAGCCUCAUUAAAGUCAAUUUGGAAAGGGCAGUAGGUCAGCUGGAGCACUUCAGGAGCCAGGUCAUCAGGGCCACGUACGGGCGAGCCAAGCCGUUCCCGGACAAGCCCGUCAGCGACGAGCAGUUAAUAGAGAAGAUCAUCCAGGUCACAGAGGACAAUGUCAGCUUUCAGCAGAAAAGGUGGAAGGAGAGCCAGCUCAGCCACUGCAAGCAGGAAGCGCUCGCCAAGAGCAUCGAGAGGCUGCGGGCGUCACUGGACAGCUGCCAGGCGCGCAUGAAGCAGUCCUGCUGCAGCACGGACCUGAGGAAGGAGGUGGAGCUCCUCCAGGCCCUGCAGGUGAGCCCGCCGGUGUCCGGGCUCCAGAAGGCGGCGCUGGACCUGGUGCGCCUGUCGCAGUCCUGGCUGGAGGACGCCGAGGGGCUCCUCCGGGACGUGGGGAUCCAGCUGCCCGGCUCCGACAAAGAUCAAGGUCAGCAGUUCUCAGGAAACUCAAAAAUCUUUGCUGCAAGAGACACAACAGGAGUAUCUGGCAGAGAAGGAGAAGCUGAGCAAAGAGAGGCAACAGCAAGAGGAGAAGCUGACAGCCAGAGUCAAGUGGCUGAUGGAAGAGAAGGCGGUAAGGCUUUGGAGGAGAGAAUUACCGAAGAGAAAAACAGAGCGAAAGAAGCUCUAGAGGAAGAACAGAAGAAAGUCCAGGAGCUGGAGGAUCGCUUAAGCCACCAGAGGAAGGCUUUGGAGGAGAGCUUUAUGCAAGAGAAAGGCAGAGUGAAGGAAGCACUGGACGAAGAACAGAGGAGAGUCUACGAGCUGGAGAACCGCUUAACCCGCCAGAAGGAGGUUUUGGAGAGCAGCGUGGCCCACGAGAGGAAAGUAAAGGAGGCCUUCGAGACCGAAAAGAGGCGCGUGCAGGACCUGGAGAACCAGCUCACCCAGCAGAAGGAGAUAUCAGAGAACAGCAUCGCCCAGGAGAGACAGAAGGCGAGGGAGGCCAUCGAGAAGGAAAAGAAAAGGGUGCAGGACCUGGAGAACCGCCUGACCAGGCAGAAAGAGGAAAUGGACCUGAAGGGGCAGAAGGAAGACGUUCUGAAUAACAAACUAAAGGACGCGCUGGCGCUGGUGGAAGAGAGCCAGAGGACAAAGGCAGCUGAGAGUCUGAAGGCGGAGAGCCUGGCCAUGAAGCUGAACGAGGCGCUGGCAGAGCUGGAAACCGCCAAGACAAAGAUGGUCAUGAUGGAGGGGCGGAUCCAGCUGCAGCAGCAGACCAUCAAGGCGCUCCACGAGGAGCAGGAGUCUCAGAAGCAGGGCUUCGAAGAGGAAGUCGCCGAGUACAAGGAGCAGAUCAAGCAGCACUCCCUGACCAUCGUGAGCCUCGAAAAGAAGCUCCAAAAAGUGACGGAGCAUCACAAGAAAAUAGAGGAGGAGAUCGCAGCCUUGAAGGACAACGACCUGGCCCAGGAGAAGGGAGCGCAGCAAGACCGCCCGCCGGGGCCCCCGCCGGAGAGCCGCACCAAGGACGCAGUGUGUGACCACAUGAUAGAGGACUUGUUGACUGCUCAGAAGGAAAUCCUGUCUCAGCAGGAGGUCAUCAUGAACUUAAGGAAAAACCUUACGGAAGCCCACAGCCGGAUGUCAGAUCUGAGAGGGGAGCUUAGUAAGAAGCAGAAGGUGGAACUGGAGAGGAACGUGGCCCUGGUCCAGCAGCAGAACAAAGAGCUGGGGGCGCUCAAGGAGAAGAUGGCCCAGGUGACAGGCCUGGUGGAGAAGAAGGACCGGGAGCUGGAGACCCUCAAGGAGGCACUCAGGGCCUGCCAGGAGAAGCGCAGGCCCCCGCCGCCCAAGGAGAAGCCCCCGAGGCCCAGGAGCACGGCCCAGACGUGCGGCAUCCCCGUGCAGAUGGAGCCCGUCCCCACCGACACUUGCGUGAGCAGCCAGGAGGAGCAGUCCUUCUGCGACCUCGGGGCCAAGUGCAAGGGGUCCCGGCACGAGGAGGUGAUCCAGCGUCAGAAGAAGGCCUUAUCCGAACUGCGGGUGCGAAUCAAAGAACUCGAGAAGGCAGGCUCCUCCAAUGAUAAGGUCCACCAGAAUAAAUCAUUUCAAGACUUAAAGACUCUCAGAAUGGAAAAGCACAUCCAGAAAACGUUGGACGCAAAGCCCGAUUGGCCAGUUCUCUCAAGAACGGAGAUCCAAGCGUCUCAAAAUGGCUUUGCCAGCCUGGCCCCCGAGAAGCCGGGGAGAAUGGACAUGGCCGAGGCCUUGGAUCUCAGUGAAAAGCUGUACAUGGACAUGAGCAAGACGCUGGGCAGCCUGAUGAACAUCAAGGACAUGGCGGGCCACGUGUCCAUGAAGCACCUCUCCCCCAGAGAGCGGGAGCGGGUCAACCAGCUGCGGCAGAGGGACCUGGACCUGGUGUUCGACAAGAUCACGCAGCUCAAGAGCCGGCUGGAGAGGAAGGAGGAGCUGCUGAGGGGAUACGAGCAGGACAUCGACCAGCUCAGGCAGAGCACAGUGUCCGUUCAGAUGUACCAGUCACAGGUGGCCAAGCUGGAGGACGAUGUCUACAAGGGGGCCGAGGAGAAGGCGCUGCUGAAGGAGGCGCUGGAGCGCACGGAGCUGCAGCUGCGCCAGGAGAAGAGGGUCAACAGGGCCCGGCGGCAGCAGCAGGAACGUUCAGAGGAUUACGAACUGAGAAAUUUGAAAGAAUCAACAUCUUGCAACUGCACCUUCAAAGAGAAAGAGAGGCAGAGGCGGGUGUUUGUAGAGACGGUGAAGAACAAGAUGCAGAACGCCGGACUGCAGGCUAGAGCCAGAAAAGCCGCCCUAAAGACAGACCAAGGAAGAGAGACGCUGAAGAGAGAGUCCUCCAGCAAACCCAGCCGGAGCCUGCCAAUCUCCAAGCCUGGCGGGAGGAGCUAG